CAGGCGCGGCCCGUCCUCUUCCUUGGCUCGCUUGGGGCCCGCCGUGGCUGACGCGUCACAUUCCUCCUCGCCGCGUCAGGGCUCCGAGCGAGGAGAGGGGAGGGGAGGAGAGGAGCGGGCGGAGGGCCAGCCUCUGGCCCGGGUCUCUCUCUUGCGGCCCCCGCCGGGAGGAUGCGCCGCCGCCCCCCCCAGGCUCGAAGAGGCGGACGCCGGAGACGAUGAGGGAGCUGCCCCGUCGGCUCCUCUUCCUGGCUUCCUGCUUCCUUCUCGGCAGCUUACUCAGCUGGCAUGUCACUUGUAAAGAAGGUCCUUCAUCUGCAAUUUUGUUUUCACAAAAUGAGAACUCUCCCUUGGCAAACAUGGAUGAGAACAUCCAGGAAAAGGAGGAGACUGACAGAUCUGUUGGAACACUGCCUUUAGAGCCCAUUAAUACAAUCAUAAAUAAUUAUCCCGAGGAAUACUCUGAUGACUACACAAAGCAAACGGAGGUUUUGGAUAUGGGGAAAUUACAGACAGAAGAAGAAUCACCUUCAGUUGAUUUGAGUGAAACAUCUUUUACUAUAGCAGGUGUUUCUGAAAGUACUUUCAGUAUACCUACCUCAGAGAGCUCAUCAGUUUCUCAGUCCAGUGUGAUAGAAAAUUCCAGUUUUGACAUUCCUGUAAUCACUCCUGCUGAAACCGAACAGUCAGAACCUGACUGCAAUCUUGGUGGGAUACUUGAAACUGAUUCCCAGAGUGAGGCUUCCCCUCUUGUUCCUUCACCAGACAGCCUUGUAGGUCAACACAUAGAAAAUAUCUCUUCACACAGAAAGGGAAAGACGACUAAAUCAGAAUUUGACCCCCAAGUUGCUGCACCUGAGCAAAAGACAGAUCCGAAAUCAGCACUUAAUACUUCGGGUAACCUAAGAGGGGAGAGAAAAAUGGGAGAAAUCGACCCAACUUCUGUAAUAGCUCCAAAGGACCCAGGAGAUAUCCCCACAUUUGAUGAAUGGAAAAAGCAGGUUAUGGAAGUGGAAAAAGAAAAGAGUCAGUCCAUGCACCCAUCUUCCAAUGGAGGUCAGCAUCCCACCAAAAAGGUCCAAAAAAAUAGGAAUAAUUAUGCUUCAGUUGAGUGUGGUGCUAAGAUACUAGCAGCUAAUCCAGAAGCAAAGAGUACGUCAGCAAUAUUAAUGGAGAAUAUGGACCUUUAUAUGCUUAAUCCAUGCAGUACAAAAAUCUGGUUUGUUGUUGAACUUUGUGAACCAAUUCAAGUAAGGCAGCUGGAUAUCGCAAAUCAUGAGUUAUUUUCAUCUACUCCUAAGGACUUCCUGGUAUCUAUCAGUGACAGGUAUCCAACAAAUAAGUGGAUCAAGCUAGGCACGUUUCAUGCUAGAGAUGAGAGGAAUGUCCAGAGUUUUCCUCUGGAUGAGCAGAUGUAUGCGAAAUAUGUAAAGAUGUUCAUCAAGUACUUAAAGGUGGAGUUGGUAUCACAUUUUGGAUCAGAACACUUUUGUCCUUUAAGCCUUAUAAGGGUAUUUGGAACCAGCAUGGUUGAAGAGUAUGAGGAAAUAGCAGACUCACAGUACCAGUCCGAACGACAGGAACUCUUUGAUGAAGAUUAUGAUUAUCCUCUGGACUAUCCUUCUGUGGGGGAAGAAAAAUCUUCAAAAAAUCUUCUUGGUUCUGCCACAAAUGCCAUUUUAAAUAUGGUAAAUAUUGCUGCUAAUAUCCUUGGAGCGAAAACAGGAGAAGAUUCUGUUGAGCAAGGAAAUAAGAGCAUCUCGGAAAAUGCAACUGCCACUUCCAUGAUGACACCCGAAUUGCCACAGCCAACCGUAAUUCCUUCGCUAGAACCUGAUACUUCAGAAAUACCACAGACGGAAAAGGACCUAUUAGUCUUGGAUAGAACAAGAGAGAGCCCAAUUGUUCAGCUCGUCCAUGAAGAUGAAGAGGAAACAAGUCCAUCAACAGUGACACUGAUGCCAAGUGAUGAACAAGAAGAAGAAAUACCAUGGUUUGAAUCUGAAACACAGAUGUAUUGCUAUGAUCUGGUGACCGUUUGUUGUAUUUCUAGCUUUUCAGAAUAUGUAUACAAGUGGUGUUCAGCAAUAGCAAUGCUUCGUCGCCGCCACAGCAAAAUUGACAGCACUUGGGGCAAACAUGAUUAUGCUGCUACUUGGCAAGACCAGCUAGUUCCAACCAAAUCACUGGAUAUUUUGAUACAUGAGUAUGCCCCUGAUAAACUAGACACCUUAAAUGCAGAGCCGUCUGAAAUUGUUACCGAUGUCUCAAGCAGUUUGCUGGAUAAGGGCAUUAUUAAUCAGACUGAGGGUACUUUUGAACUGGAGCCAAGUCAUCCACAGACUGUAUCUCAGUCCGUUCUCUUGGAUGUUGCAACAGGGGUCAAGUCACUUUCUACCACAGAGGUGUCCUCAGAACCUGGAGAACACAAAAUUGCAUCUGAAAGCUCAGAGAUGCCUUCCCCAGAGGAGAUCCCUGCCAAAGAAGAUGGAGUUGUAGGGUCUGUUACAGAAAAGCCAUCUGCAACCACUACUGCAACUGAAUUUCAAGAAAUGAGCAUAGAAGAAAAAACCUCUGCUGAAAUUAUUUCAAAAUUAACUGAGACCGUUCCACGUCCGGAAUGUACAGUUGCCACAGAAAACUACAAUGUGGAAACAAAAGAUAGUUCUUCCGAAAUGGAAAAGCAAGAGGUACCUCUUGUAGAGUCGCCUUCUUUGGAAAUUAGAGAUGAUGAGCAGGCAGUGGAGGAAACUUUCCUUUCGAUUCCCGUUUCUGGUUUGCCACGAACUGCUACAGACUUUUACGCGGAACUGCAGAAUUCCACAGACUCGGUUUACGGGAACGGAAAUCUUAUUCAUGGAUCAAACCAAAAAGAGUCAGUUUUUAUGAGACUGAACAACCGUAUUAAAGCCCUGGAAGUAAAUAUGUCUCUCAGCAGUCGUUACUUAGAAGAACUCAGUCAAAGAUAUCGAAAGCAAAUGGAAGAAAUGCAGAAGACUUUUAAUAAAACUAUAAUAAAACUCCAGAAUACUUCACGCAUUGCAGAAAAACAGGAUUUGAAGCAGACAGAGGCCAUCCAGCUUCUACAAGCACAGCUGGCCAACAUGACACAACUAGUCUCAAAUCUGUCCGCAUCUGUGACCGAACUGAAAAGAGAGGUUUCGGAUCGUCAAAGCUAUCUUGUGAUUUCUUUGAUACUCUGUGCCAUCCUGGGUUUGAUGCUUUUUCUGCAGCGUUGGAAAAACAAACCAGAAUUCAACAAUAAUUGCUUCUCUAACAUUCCCAAAAGUAAUUACUAUCCCAGUCCAAAAAGGUGUGUUUCUUCCUAUGAUGAUAUGAAUUUGAAAAGACGAACUUCAUUCCCACUCACUAGAUCUCAGUCUUUUCAACUUAACAACAAAGAAGUGGGCCCAGAUGACUUCUAUAUUGUAGAGCCGUUGAAGUUUUCCCCAGAAAAAAAGAAAAAACGUUGUAAAUACAAAAGUGAAAAAAUCGAAACGGUCAAGCCUGUAGCUGAGCCAGUGCAUCAGGUAGCCAAUGGAGAAAUCAAAAGCAGGAAACCUUUUACAAAUCAGAGAGACUUCUCCAAUAUUGGCGAUGUAUAUCACUCUUCAUACAAAGGUCCCCCAUCAGAAGGAAGCUCUGAAACCUCAUCCCAGUCGGAAGAGUCCUACUUCUGUGGCAUUUCAGCAUGCACGGGUUUGUGCAAUGGACAGGUGCAAAAGGCAAAAACGGAGAAGAGGGCCAUCAAACGAAGACGAUCUAAAGCUCCAGAACAGGCGAAACUUAUAAAAACUUUAAUACAGACUAAGACCGGAUCCUUGCCAAGCCUGCAUGAUAUCAUCAAAGGAAACAAGGAUUUAACUGUGGGAACACUGGGUGUCACAACUGUUUCUGGGCAUCUUUAAAACUAAUGUAAAUCUUCACAAUAGGAGUUUUUUUUAUUUGUAUGACAAAUCUGGUGACAGGGAAAUCAUUUGGUUUAUUGGGAAGCAUCUAGAGAUUACGGGGAUUCUUUUAAAAACUAGAUAGGAUUGUGUCAAUAACCACCUUUGGUUAAUAAGCUUCAGCGUUUUCAGAGCUGACUUUCUGUAUGGACAAUUUUGGAAUGAGUGAGGAUUGUGGGGCAGGGACUCAUUUUAUAGACCGGGUUUUACAGUUGUUGAAGUCUGAGAAACCCAACUUUGGUGGAACAGGAUUGAGGCGUAACUGUUUUCCAUUUUGCUGUGGUCCUGUUUCUAGCACCUUCCCAUAUUUAUGUGCCUUUUGUCUAUUUAUAAUACUGUUGGAAAGGAACAGUUUUAUUUGUACUUUUUAACUCUUCUGAAAUUACAGCACUACCAUGCUGUGGAACGAUGCAUCAGCCUUCAAUGAAAUUGAGUAAUAACUUGGACACUGUGGAAAUAUUGCUAGAUUGACUUUUCCUUUACAUCAGGAGUGAGCAAUUUAUGGCUCUGUUGUUGGUUACAGAUCUCGUAAUCCCUCACCAUUGGCUAUGAUACAGCUGAUGAGAGUUGCAGUAUCUGGAGGGCUACAUUAUCGACCCGUUUUAGAUCUUUGUUUUGCAAGCUGAUUUUGUGACCAUUAUUACAUACAUCUGCUGUAGUACCUACUGUCAUAUUGAUUCCCCUUUGGGUUGUGGCACUGACAAGCUUGCCUUGUGCCAAAUUGACUAGAUUAACAUAUAUAAUCAGCAAUAUGAUUGCAUAUGCUAAUCUGUGCUGCAAAAUUGGACAUAUAAAUUGCCCAGUUCUCUAAAACAUUCACCAUGUAGAAAUCCAUCUGUUAAUUUAAUGGCUGACACAAUCUAUAUUCCGUUCUACAUUUUGUCCAUAAUGUUUGCUUUUGUUUUGAAUAACACUUGUGCGAUGUGUGUGAGAGUGUAUGUGUUUAUAUGAGUUAAUGCAUAGCUACAUCAACAUGAGUACAUCCGAAUGAAUGUGAUAGGAGGUCCUUUUUAGUUGUUUCGAGGUUACAUUGUAUGAGUUAACUUAUUGAGCACUUUUAGUACCCCGUCUUUGUUUUUUUCCGAUGACUUUCCUGAAUGUCAUAAUGUGACUUAUUUAAAGUCUUUUGCAACUUUCACGUUUAGUUUGAGUACCUUUUUACAGCAAUGCACAGCUAGCUAGUCAAAAGCAUGCUGGUUUGUUUGUUUUUAAAGAACAUGGAUUGAAAAGGGGGCCUAAACCAGAAUGGAAAUCAGAAUGGAUAUAAUAUUUGUGUGGAUUCUGCAACAUUGUGGCACUAGAAUUUGUAAAGAACUACAAAUUCAUAGUGCCAGUAGAAACUGUGAAUUUCCAAAUAAAUCUGAAUACUUGUCUUUAA